GUUUCUUCUGGUUUCUUCUUUUUUGUCUCCCACGUUCGAGGAAAUUUUUAGGAUUUUUGAGGUGAUUUCGAGGUUUUUCAGGGAAAAUGAUAGAUUUGAGGGGUGAUAAUGUCAGAGGUGAUGGUCCAGUGUCCAGAAGAGACGGUGAUGAUCUCAAUAUUCCAGUAACUUCACAGCAGGGAUUGACUCCCCUCAGUCCCUAUCUGAACUUUGAUCCUUCGUACUUGCCUAGCAGUCAACCAGAAUUUAUAUUCCCCGAGGGUGCUGUGAAGCAGAGGGGAAGAUUCGAGCUUGCAUUCAGUCAGAUUGGAGCUGCAUGUAUACUUGGGGCAGGAUUUGGAGGUGGUACUGGCUUCUACAGGGGAUUAAAAGCUACUACACUCGCUGGACAAACUGGAAAACUUAGGAGAACUCAAUUAAUCAAUCACGUCAUGAAGAAUGGCGCAUCGGUGGCGAAUACCCUCGGGGUGGUCAGCGUAAUGUACAGCGGAUUUGGGGUAAUUCUUCAAUGGGCGAGAGGAACUGAUGACUCUAUAAACACUCUCACUGCUGCCACUGCCACUGGAAUGCUAUUCAAAUCAACCUCUGGAAUUCGAAAAUGUGCAAUUGGUGGUGGGGUUGGACUAGGCCUAGCUGCUCUCUACUGUCUGUGGAAUAGCCGAGAAGCAUUAUCGGACCUCAGGCAUCACAGCAUGAACCCGGCGUAAGAUGUCCAAGUGACAAUUUUCCCACCUCUUCACCUCCGGACUAGCAACAAAUCCUUCACCUUUGUAAAUAGCUAAUUACACAAAGAAGAUGAUUACGGAAUGAACUCUAAACUGCUGUACGGUAUAAUUAAUGUGUUAUCAUGAAAAUCUGGACAAUGAAUAAAUUGUAAAUUAUAGUCACCA